CAAGGUUUAUUGUUAGCUUAACUCCUCUGAGGGCUGGAGUGGAAGGCGGUGGGGUUUUCUUUCUUACCCUGUUUCAGGCCCGUGUUUCCGCAGGUGCAGUAAUGAUGACCUUACAUCGGGACCUGAGACGGUUUAUUAACGGCCGACUAACUGCUGCCGCCGAAGAAAUAUUCCUGGAGUUUGAAAAAACGAUCGUCCAGUACGAGGAAGUGAUCGACCGUCAGCGCAGACUGCUGGAGAUCACCUGGAAGCCUCAGAUAAAGCUGCACAGAAUAGGCCUCCCACAGCACCAUGACUCCAACAGGGAGAAACUUCCUACAGAGCAGGAGAAGCUCUCCAGCCUGGAGCAGGAGUCACAACAUGAUCGUAAUAAGGACGAGGCUCCUUCUGAACAGGAGACCUCCAGCCUGAAGCUGGAUCCUCCUCAGCAACAUGACUGUAAUAAGGAACGGGUUCUUCCUGAGCAGGAGGGGAACUCCAGGCUGGAGCAGGAACCUCUGCAGGUUAAAGAGGAACUGGAAGAACUCCACACCAGCCGGGUGGAAGCAGCGCCUCUGCAGAUUAAAGAGGAGCAGGAGGAGCUCUGCACCGCCUACCAGGCAGAGCACCUUAUAGUGAAGGAGGAGGACGAUACCUUAAUGGUGACUCUUACUUACGGGGAAAGUGACAGUGAAACAGAGCCAAUCAGCGAGCAGCUCCUGUCUCACAGCCCGCCUGCAGCCGAGAGCCGAGAUCAGGAAGGGAGCACGAACGCAGGAUCGGGCGCAGACGCAGAGCCAAAGCCAACGAAGAGACUCGCUAAAAGCAGAAGUGACAGUGCAGAGCGCGCUCCCAUGUCAGAGAGUCAGGGUAAUACGGACGCAGGUAAAAAGCCUUUGAAAUGUUACGUUUGUGAGAAAGUUUUUAAGGAUAAGUCCCAAAUAAAAAGACACGUCAGGAUCCACACGGGCGAGAAGCCGUUCGCGUGCAGCACCUGCGGGAAGAAGUUCUAUCAGAUAUACUUACUGAAAUAUCACGAAAGGACUCACACGGGCGAGAAGCCGUACUCCUGCAAAAUAUGUGCGAAAAAGUUCAGGUGUAGCGACAGUCUGUUGGUCCACAUGAGAAUCCACACGGGCGAGAAGCCGUACGGGUGUAAAACGUGCGGGAAGAGAUUCAUCUGCACGUCAAACCUGAAGAGCCACACGAGGAUCCACACGGGCGAGAGGCCGCAUUCCUGCAAAACCUGCGGGAAGAGCUUCACUCAGAGGGGCAGCCUGACCGUCCACAUGAGGACGCACACGGGCGAGAAGCUGUACUCCUGCAAAGCGUGCGGGAAGCGUUUCUGUCAGAGCGGGACGCUGCUGAUCCACAUGAGGACGCACACGGGCGAGAAGCGCUACUCUUGUAAAAUUUGUGAGAAGAACUUUACUCAGAGCAGUCAUUUGUUGCGCCACACAAGGACUCACACAGACGAGAAAAUAAACAUGCAGAUCCAAUCCCUGCGGUCACUGGUGUUUUUUAACCCACGAGCAGCCAGUUUGGAGCAGACGCUGUCUUUGAGGUUUGAUUUCUACCUCCGACCGCGACACCUCUCCGAGGAUGAGGAGGUUCUCGUGAACCAGGAGAGGGACUCCAGCCUGAACCAGGAGGAACCAGCAGCUCGACGGAUCAAAGAGGAGGAGGAGGAGCUCAGCAUCAGUCAGGAGGGAGAGCUGCUCGUUCUGGACGAGGACGGCGACACCAUCAUGGUGACCGUUACGUACGGGGAAAGUGACGACAGCGACCCAGAACCGGAGCGGGAGCAGCUCCCCUCUCACAGCUCUCCCGUGGCCGAGAGCCGACGUCAGGACAGAGGCAACCACGUGGACUCGGGAUCGGCUGUGCAAGCGAUGUACAACAACGUGGACAACGGCCUGAUAUUUAGCAGCCCUGUUUACAUGCAAGGCUUUAGGAAUGAACCUCUGAUGAUGCAACAAGACAUAAGCGACCCGGACGAGAAGCCGUAUCCCUGCAAAAUAUGCGGGAAACACUUUCGUAAACGCUUUAAUCUGGAGAUCCACAUGAGGGCUCACACGGGCGAGAAGCCGUUCUCGUGUAACGUGUGCGGGAAAGGUUUCACUCGGAAGGACAGCGUGAUCCUGCACAUGAGGACCCACACGGGCGAGAGGCCGUUUAUCUGCGGCUUCUGCGGGAGGCGGUUCGGUCGGAAGGAUAAUUUGGCGUCCCACAUGAGGAUCCACACCGGCGAGAGACCUCAUUCCUGUAAAAUUUGCGGCAAAAGUUUCUGCCAAAGUAACGACUUGUUGCGCCACACGAGGACUCACGCCGCCGAGAAGCCCGUUCCCUGCGACAUAUGCGGGAAAAGAUUUCGGGACGCCUCGACGAUGAAUUUUCACAAAAAGAGGCACAACCUGCAUGAAGACACGCCCAGAAACACGCCCUGCAUGGCUGAGCUGCCAGCAUCUCAAACGUCUAAGCAGAUCGGCUGUGAUCGAGUCCGGCUGUCCAACAGACUCCUGUCUGUAGAGGGCAGCACGACAUUUCACAGUCCGCAAGCUGCUGGAAAUUCAUCAGACGAAGAAGAAACAACGAUGCCUUCAGUUCAGUAUCUGAGAGAGUUCAUCAACGAGCGACUAACUGCUGCUGCUGAACAAAUAUUCUUGGAGUUUGAAAAAACGAUCGUCCAGUACGAGGAAGAGAUCGACCGUCAGCGCAGACUGCUGGAUAUCACCUGGAAACCCCAAAUCAAGCUGCACAGGACAGACGACCCACAGCAACAUGUCAGCAGGGAGGAGGAGGUUCUCCCCGAGCAGCAGCUCUGUGGCCAAGAGGGUCCAGAACCUCCACAGAUUAAAAAGGAACAGGAGGGAGAGCAGCAUGUAGUGAAGGAGGAGAGUGUAGACGUCAUCAUCUGGAACGAGAGCAGUCCUCAGCAGGAACACGAGGACGUCACCUGCAGCCCACAGAUGAAGACACAAAGGACAGGCUUGGGAUCAUUGGGAAGCACAGACAGGCCUGUGUCUCCUCCUGGUCUCAAACCUGUGAUCUCUUGGAACCAGGAGAGGAGCUCCAGUGUGGACCAGGAGGAACCAGAAGCUCCACAGAUUAAAGAGGAACAGGAGGAGUUCUGUCAGGAGGUGAGCCAGGAGACUGAGACCUUCAUGGUGGAAGAAAGUGAGAAAGGAAGCAAGAAUGCUGACUCAGGAUUAACUGUGAGUUUCGGUUUAAAGCCAAAAAUGAGAAAUCGCAGACGUCUCGGUGCAGACGACGCUCCGAGCCAGCGUCGCUCUGACACGGCCAGCAAAUCUGUAACAUGUGACGUUUGUGGAAAAGGCUUCAAGUACAGAUCCCGGAUGCAAAGACAUCAGAGAAUCCACACAGGCGAGAAGCCGUAUCCCUGUGAGAUGUGUGGGAAAGGUUUUUCUCAGAAGGAUGCUCUGACUGUGCACAUGAGAACACACACAGGUGAUAAGCCCUAUGUUUGUAACACCUGUGGGAAAAGAUGCUUGACCUCAUCGACCCUUACCCGGCACGCCGCGGUCCACACGUGCCAGAAGCCCUAUUCCUGCAAAACGUGUGGGAAAGGUUUUGCUCAAAAGUCCAUUUUGCUGGUCCACACGAGAGUGCACACCGGCGAGAAGCCCUAUCUGUGCAACAUCUGUGGGAAGAGAUUUUUUAAAUUGUCAACGUUUAACAUGCACAUGUUUAUCCACGCAGAUGAAAAGCCGUAUUCUUGCCAAACAUGUGGGAAAGGUUUUAAUCGAAGAACUGAUUUGUACGUCCACAGCAGAAUUCACAGAGGUGAGAAACCGUUUUGUUGCCCAACGUGUGGCAAGUCUUUCAAUCGGCGCAGUAAUUUAUUAUCCCACACAAAAAUCCACACGAGUGAGAAGCCCUAUUCCUGCGAAACGUGCGGGAAGUCUUUCAAUCGAGGCAGUAAUCUGUUACGCCACAUGAGGUCUCACACAGGGGAGAAGCCUUAUGUUUGUAAGAGCUGUGGGACCAGGUUCGCUGACUCGUCGUCACUUAAAAGGCACAGAGGAGGAGCUGCUGAAUGUGGAAGAAAAAGUCCGACGAACCUUUUCACCCUUACAUUCGUCGCUGUGGCUCACGUGCUCCUGAACUUUAGCGCGGACCGAGCCGGAGCACGGUGUAGUAUUCCCCCGCUCAGUACUCGGGUUACUGCAGUAGUCAUGUGUACUCUUGAGUAUCUGAAGGACUUUAUCCAGCGGAGGCUGACGGCAGCCGCGGAGGAAAUCUUCAGCGAGGUGGAGAAAACCUUCGUGCAGUACGAGGAGGAGCUCGACCGUCACCGGCAGCUGCAGCGGAAGCUGCUCCUCACAGAUGUCCCACAGCAGCCUGUAGGUAAGGAGGAGGAGGUUCUCCCUGAGCAGCAGCUCUGGAACCAGGAGAGGAGCUCCAGUGUGGAGCAGGAGGAACCAGAAGCUCCACAGAUUAAAGAGGAAGAGGAGGAACUGUGCAGCAGUCAGGAGCGAGAGCAGCUGGGACUGAAGGAGGAGACGGAUACCUUCAUGGUGACUGUUGCUGAGGAAGGAGAGCACAGUGAACCAGACAUGGAGCAGCUCUUCUCUCGGGGGCCUGAUGCCUUCAUGGUGACUGCCACAUAUGAGGAAAGUGAGGAAGGAAGGAAGCAGUUUUGUUGCCCAACGUGCGGCAAGUCUUUCAAUCGGCGCAGUAAUUUAUUAUCCCACACAAAAAUCCACACGAGUGAGAAGCCCUAUUCCUGCGAAACGUGCGGGAAGUCUUUCAAUCGAGGCAGUAAUCUGUUACGCCACAUGAGGUCUCACACAGGGGAGAAGCCUUAUGUUUGCAAGAGCUGUGGGACCAGGUUCUCUGAGUUCUCAUCACUUAAAAGGCACAAAGCACAUUUUGCACAGAGCUGCAAUAUGUGGAAGAAAAGUUACAGCAUGUCCUUAAAAUCCACGUGAGAACCACGCA